AUGUCGGACAAUGCGUCGAUAACGCCCCAGACAAUCCCCGCCUCCCGAUCUAUCUUUCCCAAAGGGCCCAAUUUUACUCUUUCUGACUUCUCAAGCCGCGAUUACAUCGUUAAAGAGUUUGUCGAGGCACUUUCUGACAGUACUACCUCAAAUCGACGUUCUACGGUUGGACCUGGUCCUGGCAACCAGCUUUUUGAUCCCAAACCACUGAUUCGAGCAUUCGAACAUGCUCAACAACGACUUGGUGAACUUUCUGGAGAUUUGGAAAUUAAAGAGAACGAGCUAUCGGCUGCAGCUCGGAGAGCUGAGGCACAGCAUGCGCAAAAUCUCGGCACGCUGGGUAGAAAGUUGAAGCAGACCAUCGAUUCCUUUCAACAAUUGGAUACAUCUCUAAAUGGAGCAGCCCUAUCGGGAGGCGAACUCCCUGGGGCGACCGGGAGUAUGGCUGUUGAAACAGGAAGAAGGCUAGAGGAGUUAGACCGACAGAGGCGGCGAGCGCUUGAUGCUCAUUUCCUGAUUCAAUGUUGGGAUGGAGUAAGUAACAGAGGAGAGAUAACACUUUUAGAGAACUUAAGGAAGUCGGGGACUGGUGAGGCCAAAGUCAGGUCGGCGCAUAUUGCGCGACAGUUGCUCAGGAUAAGUCAAAGACUCGAUCCCCGCAGUUGGGAUGAAUUGAGAGCGAAGAAAAACGAUCUGUACCGAAAUGAUGACGAUUCUGUUGACGAGGGCACAAGGGGGAAUACCAAUGGUAUUCAUCGAAACACGAGAGAGAUAAUUGAAAAGUUCUCUGAGACUCUCGAGAAAGAUCUCCUGAAACAGUUCGAUGAUUUCUACCGCAAGGCAAAUUUCGAGGGCAUGAGAGACUGCGCGACUGUGCUUCAGGACUUCAGCGGAGGCGCAAGUGUGACCGCCUUGUUUGUUAAUCAACACCAAUUCUUCAUUGAUCGAAGCCAGCUAGUGACAGAAGAACUGGGGGGCGAUUUGGACAGCUGGGAACAAUUGGCGGAUCCUGACGCCGAACCCUUGAAAGUCGAACCGAGCCUCCAAUCGCUAGUUGAUGAGGUUAAGGUGGUCGUGCAGGAAGAAUCAGCCAUCAUCAAACGAGCAUUCCCUUUCUAUGAGCAGGUGCUGGGCAAAUUCCUACAACGCGUCUUUCAGCAGUCCAUCCAGCAGAGACUGGAAAUGGUUCUGGAGAAAGCUAAUGGCAUCUCGUCUUUAGCCUUCCUCCGAUCGCUACAAAGUUCUCGCAGCUACAUUAGCGGCCUGGUUGAUGAUCUCAAGGCUCACGGCUUGACUGAACAUCCAGAUCCUGUUUCGUCCCAAACAGCCUUGAUAUUAGAUCAGCAGCUGGAGGAUUUGUUCGUGCCCUACUUUGUUGGAUCAUCUUACAUUGAAAGGGAGAAAAAAUCACUCGAAGAGUUGUACACGUCAUUGUUGUUCCGGUUUACUACUUUUCACGCUCGGAGGAAACGAGCAGCGACGACGUUCAUGGCAUCGAUUUCCAAGUCUGGAACUGAGCUCCUUUCUUCCGCUCGGGACGCUUACGUCAAUCGCCUUGAGUCCUCGGAGUUCACGCCCACUCAAAAGAAGAUGCUCCUUCAAUUGGCCGGGUUGAAAGAGCAAAGCGACUCUAUGAAACCCACUGAGAUCAAGUUGAUGGAGAAGGAUGGUCUCCCUAAUAUUUCCUAUGCCAAGAGGAUGUUGAAAUGGCUGGCUGAAGCAGUUGGACGGGGUUUGGAACUGGGCUCCACCAGCGAAACACCAAAGGAUGUGUCUGCUUUGUUGAGUCUGCUAUUGUCUUUGAUGGGCGAGGGCUAUGUCGAGGUGUGUCUUGACGCUGUUUUUGAGGCCGCAACUUCCCAGGAGUCUGCAAGGGCAGAGCCUGAUUUUGGCUAUCUCACUGUGGUCAAAAGCAUCAUCAGCAUCACCAACUUGAUGGUGAUGUGUAUACAAACGUUGCUAAUUCCUCUUGCAACUCCAAGUAUAACGAUUCGCCGGGAAAUGGAGAAAAAGACAAAUGCAGCGACUCUACGCAUAGAAGACAAAAUAAACGCAAUUGAGCAGAAGGUCAUUGACACGGCCUUGAUGUGGAUUAGCAGGUUACUUUCGGGACAGAAGAAGAAUGAUUUCCGACCCAAGGAAGGAGAUAAUGCAGCUUGGUUGGAAAUGUUACAUACACCACGAUAUGCCGUCAACGGGGCCGGGGGUCUUAUGGUCACUAAGGACAUGACACAGUAUGCAGAUCUGUUGAAGUCUUGGGACAUCGACGAACACGUCAAAGGACCAGGUGGUCUACUAGACGUUCUGCUAGAAGUAGGCAGUCUAUUCGUCAUUGGGCCAGAAGCUUUACUGGAGAGAAUUCGUGCAGGAGCCAGCUCUGAUGCAAGCAGACGGCCAGGGGCUAGUCGCACUGAUACUGAACGGGGACAGGAGCUACUAGAGACUGGCCACAUCGAGCCAGGCCUUAGUGUACAGGAGAUCAGAGCUUAUGUGUCUCGCAGGGAGGAUUCCAGCACUACAGCAAUGCAAAAUGUGCUCAACCUCCUGUGA